UUCAUAACUCUUUAUUUUUUUUUCUUUUACUUUGAGAUUCUUUUGUCUUCUGAAUUCUUUAAUUUCUUCUGGAUUAAUAAUCAUUCCCACCCACCCACACAAACACAAACACAAACACACCCAUCUCUCUCCUUUUUCCUCUUCUUAAACCCUUCAUUUUGGUUUGUUGUUCUUCACAACUUCCAUCUUUUUCCACACAAAUCCCUCAACUCAACUCAACUCCAGAUGGGUUUGGAUGAUGUUUCUCAAACAAGCUUGGUUUUGGGGUUGGGGAUCUCAGAAGCUGCUUCUCCAAUUAUUAACAACUUGAAGAACAACAAGAAGAAGAACAACAACAAGAAUCCUACUUCACUUGAGUUUGAGCCUUGUGCUUUGACUUUGGGAUUUUCAGGCGAUGUUGAUCCUCCUCCUCAUCAUCCUCAUCAUCAUCAUUUGUAUCGCCAAGCUUCCCCUCAUAGCAGCGCUGUUUGUUCUUCCUUCUCCGGGGGCGGUGGUGGUGGGAUUAAAAGGGAGAGAGACCUCAGCAGUGAAGAAGUUGAAUUGGAGAGAGUUUGUUGUAGAGUUAGUGAUGAAGAUGAAGAUGGUUGUAAUACUAGGAAGAAGCUUAGGCUUUCUAAACAACAAUCCGCGCUAUUGGAAGAGAGUUUCAAACAAAAUAGCACUCUCAACCCCAAACAAAAGCAAACCUUAGCCAGACACCUAAACCUACGCCCAAGACAAGUGGAAGUAUGGUUUCAAAAUAGGAGAGCUCGAACAAAAAUGAAACAAACAGAAGUAGACUGUGAGUUCUUGAAGAAAUGUUGUGAGACGUUGACAAACGAAAAUAGAAGACUACAGAAGGAGCUUCAAGAAUUGAAAGCGCUAAAGCUCGCACACCCGCUGUACAUGCACAUGCCAGCAGCAACGUUAACCAUGUGCCCAUCCUGCGAAAGGGUGGGUGGCGUUGGCGUUGGCGUUGGCGAUGGCGCUUCCAAACCCAAAUUUUCAAUGGCUCCCAAGCCCCACUUUUACAACCCUUUCUCCAAUCCUUCAGCCGCAUGUUAGAAAAUUAAUGUACACCAUUUACAAGCUACACAAAAUAACACUAUACUCAUAUAUUUUUCUCCUUCUUCUUCAAAACGCCAUAGCUAGCUUAGAAAUUGGAGAAAUUUAGUGUAACUAUUAGCUACCCUUGUACAAGCUUACCCUUAAGAUCAAAUUAUCAUCAGUUGUAAAGAUUUUAAACUCUAUCUAGAAAUUAAUCAAGGAUUGGUGGGUAUAUAAUGUAAUUUUUUUUUAUCGAUUUUUAGAAUGAUAA